AAGUAAAGUUUUAUUUACAUUCAGACGGGUUACAAGCUAUUUGCCAUAAUUAUUUGCGUGGUGGCAUCGCUGCAGCUCAUUUAAUUAUUAGAAAAUUUUAUAUUUCACUGCAAGGAUGCGAGGAUAUGAUUUUAAUUUUGUAUUACAAGGGAUUUGUGUUUUCAUUUUGGUGGCCAGCAUUGCCGCGAAACUGCCCAGCGAUAUUAAGCCAUGUGCUGCCGGUGAUGGAAAGUGUAUAAUCGAGAAUAUUAAUAAAGUAUUCGCUGAAAAAAAUCAGGGUGAUGAAAGUUUCGGCUUAACCAAACUGGAACCAUUCAAAAUGGAUGAUAUUAUCAUCAAACAAGAUCCUGCAAAUCCUGUUGCUAUUUAUCUCGGUCUCCUAAGACCUGUUGUGUAUGGCGUCAAGAAUGUGAGAGCGCUAAAAGUGAAAGGCUUUGGUAAAACACCCGAAGGUCGCCAUGAAAUUUUGCUGGAGACCCCUUACCUCUCGCUUUUAUCCGAUUACAAAAUAGAUGGCAAAGUGCUCAUUUUACCUGUUAAAGGAGAAGGGAAAAGUAAUAUUACGCUGGUUCAACCUCUGAUUAAAAUAAGCAUCGAUGCCACCUCGCGCAAUGAAAAUGGUAACACAUUUAUGGUUAUAAAAAGUUUACGCGUCGAAUGCAAACCAAAACGUUUGGCAAUGCAAUUUGAUAAUCUCUUUAAUGGCGACAAGGUUUUGGGCGAAAAUGUCAAUAGCUUCUUGAAUGACAAUUGGAAAGAGAUUUAUGGUGAAGUGAAAAUACCAUUUUAUGAGGCCAUUGGCAAGCAAAUGAAAGUAGGAGCCGAAAAGGUUUUCAGCGCCACGCCAUAUAAUGAGAUCUUUGUGAUAUAGAGUACUUAUAUUAUACAGUUACAUUGCACUUACUUAAAGUGAAUAAAGUUCUUAUUAAAUUAUAA